GGUGAAAACGUGAAUGAAGGCCGCACCGCACGAAUUGCCGCAAUGACUGUGGAUGCUGUUGGUGUUCUUUGCAAUACUUUACUCAUCAUAGCAAUUCUGGUUGACCCUUUGAACGUCCUUCGCAAAGGCGCGUGGUUCACCAUCCUAAACUUGUCAAUUGCUGACCUGAUUGCUGCUCUUUCAAAUUUUAUGAAUAUUGGCUUGCGAACAGAGUUUGAAUCAACUAAUUCCGUUACCCUUGCAGUUUUUAAUUUCUUUUGGAUGUUCGGCGCGAGUGGGUCGUUUAUGCUGUUGACAUUACUAACUAUCCAAACCUACGUUAUUGUGAAAUACCCUAUACGAAGUAGGCUAAUGAUAUCUGGCAAGAAAAUCGGGUUAGCCUGCGCGGUCAUCUGGAUCCUGGCUUUCCUGUUAGGGCUAGGUAACGUUGCAUACCUAGACUUUGCGGAUAUUCAUAUCAAAUUCGCGCAAUUGAUGACGAUUUAUAUAGCGCAAGUCGCCGUUUUGGAAUUGGCUGUGGUCGUGCAAGUAAUUUUAAAAGUUCUUAUCAUUCGCGAAAUUAUGAAAAGCGGACUGAAUACUGAAGUAAACGCAGAACAUCGCAAUAACAAGCAUAAGGAAAUCGCCAAGACUAUCGUGAUGCUUAAUGUAAUACUGAUUGUGACAGCGUUACCAUACUUUGUUGCAAAACAGAUGGAAUAUCUAUGGAGAGUGGAUGUACUGCGUGACGAUUUGUUGGGACGAUUUGCGAACAUUUAUGAGCCGAUUGCGGUGCUAAAUUUUGCACUUAACCCUGUUCUCUAUUCUCUACGCCUCUCAGACUAUCGUUGCAGUUUGUUGGCAUUCCUGCAUCAGUGUCGUCAUAAACGUCAUUUGCGGUAUGAUCGCGCAACAAGAAGUACGAGAACAGCAACGACCGUCCAAUCCAGAUCAUCUUUUCGAGCAGUAA